GGGAAGUCCCUCACUCCCACCCAACCCACGCCAGGGAGUGGGUCUCAAAAUGUGGUCUUUGCACCAGCAGCAAGGGUGUCGCCAGGGAACUUGCUAGAAAGGCCUCUCCGCAGGGUGCACGACUGACUGCGGAACCGGAAACUCGGAGCUGGGGCCCAGCAACCCGACAGCUUUCCAGGCAGUUCUGAUGCUCCUAACAUUUGGGGACCAUGUUUGGGGACCAGGCACAAACAAGAGGUGGCAUCUUGUUUGUUUCUGUGUUUUCACACUCGUGUGCACUGUACUUGUGGCCACCUGUGUUGGUUUUCAAGAAUUAUUUUGACUCGCAGGCGAUCCCCUUCCGCAGACAAGGUGAACUUCACCGGGUGUGAGCUACAACCCCGCCCUCACCCCGCAGCAGGAGGUAGCUGCUCUGUGACGUCACAGCCCCGCCCCCACGCCCGCGACAGUGCCCCAGGCGUUUUAGGCCGGCUCAGCCCUCCAAAGCACUAGGCGCCUGGCACACCUGGAGCCCUAAUGGGUGAAUGGAAAGGCUACAUCAGCGCGGUGCUGCACGACCAGCGCAUCGACGAUGUGGCCAUCGUGGGCCACUCAGACAAUCGCUGCGUGUGGGCCUCGCGGCCCGGGGGCCUGCUGGCAGCCAUCUCCCCGCAGGAGGUGGGCGUGCUCACCGGGCCUGACCGUAGCACCUUUCUGCAGGCGGGCCUGAGCGUGGCGGGCCGCGGCUGCUGCGUCAUCCGAGACCACCUGCUGGCAGAGGGCGAUGGCGUGCUGGACGCGCGCACCAAGGGGCUGGAUGGGCGCGCCCUCUGCGUGGGCCACAUGCCGCGCAUGCUCCUCGUGCUCAUGGGCCGACGGGGUGUGCACGGGGGCAUCCUCAACAAGACGGCACACGACCUGAUCAAGUGGCUGCGCACUCAGAGCACCUAGUAGGGCAGCCACGUUGGCAGUGAAGCCACAAUAAAGGCAGACCUGGACUCGGCCCACAUCCUCCCCUUGUGUGGGGAAGGGGGCGGGCUGUGAGGGGGACACCAGCUUCCCGGGAGGUGCUUGCAGAAGGUUUACCUGGUAGGGUUGGGGUCUUGGGUCCAGAGGCUUCACAGCCUCUCAAGCCCUAGACCUGGCCCUCCCAGGGGGGCCCUGCAGAGGCCCCUGACCUACUCCCCAGGCCAGAGUCAGGGGUGGGGACCUUGAAGUCUUCCCAGGGUCCUAGGGACACUGCAUCUGACUCAGGAGCAGCCUUCUCAAACCCUCUAGCUCAGAGACGAACAUCCUUUCCCAGGAAAAUUUCCCCACGUGCUCUGGAUGGAUGGAAUGGCUCAGUGUGGAAUGCGCAUGGGUUGCAACUGAGAGGUCACUGGUUCGAUUCCUGGUCGGGGCACAUGCCUGGGUAGCAGGCCAGGUCCUUGGGGAUGUGUGAGAGGCAACUGAUUGAUGUUUCUCUUUCUCCCUCCCUUCCCCUCUCUCUUUAAGUAAAUAAAUAAAAUCUAGCCCUGGCUGGUGUAGCUCAGUGGAUUGAGCACGGGCCUGCGAACCAGACAAUCGAGGUUCGAUUCCCAGUCAGGGCACAUGCCUGGGUUGCAGGCCGGUUCCCUGCAGGCCACUUCCCAGCAGGGGAUGCACAAAAGGCAACCAUACAUUGAUGUUUCUCUCCCUCUCUCCUUCCCUUCCCCUCUAAAGAUAAAUAAAUAAAAUUUAAAAAAAUAAAUAAAUAAAAUAAAAUAAAAUCUGCCCUGGCUGGCGUAGCUCAGUGGAUUGAGCGCGGGCCUGCAAACCAAACAACCGCAGUUCGAUUCCCAGUCAGGGCACACGCCUGGGUUGCAGGCCAGUUCCCAGAAGGGGAAGCAAGAGAGGCAACCAUGCAUUGAUAUUUCUCUCCCUCUCUCCUUCCCUUCCCCUCUAAAGAUAAAUAAAAUCUUUUUAA